AUGGUCCGCAACCUGUACAUUUGCUUUCUUUUGGUCGCCGUUCUGGUUUGUCUCUUCGUUUGGGCACAACUCAAGUGAGUUUGUUUGCAUGUUUUCAGCUGAAAUUAGUGAAUUUUCUUGCAGCAAAUCUUCGACAGACUCGUUGUUCCUCGUGCUUCUCAUCACCCUCUUCUACUCUUCCUCUCUCACCCAAUUGCUCUUUCUGCUGCUCUCUCUGCUCGGCUUCCAACGAUUCUUCCUUCAUUUCGUGCCUUCCACCGAAAGAUUUCUCACAUUCUCCCACAAACCAUUCGAAAAGUUUAUCAAACGAAUCCAAUUCUUGUACCUUCUCAAAGAAGUCAUCCAUUUCGGUUGUCUUCUGACAAGUCUAAACUGUCUAAAGGGAUCAUUCGUCGAGACGUUUCUAGAAUUGAACUGGAUUCUUUUCCUCUCGCAAACCGGACUCUUUCUCAUCUCUCUCGUUCUCUACGUGCCCGUCAUGAUCAGUAUUUGGAAGAAACGAAAGUUGGCUACUGCUAUUCGGACCCGUCCUGACAAGUAUUUGCUGUUGCAGACGCUCAUGAUAUUCAUACUCAAAAUGGUGAGAAUCGUUCGAGCUAUAAUUCAUCACAUCGUUUCAGUGUUACGGCGUUGUUCCGUUCUUGCUUCUGAACGAAGAGACCACUUUGGCCUGGCUUCCUUUUCAACAAUUUUCAAAUGUGGAAGAAAGAGAAACGGUGGGUCCCGCUUUACCGAUGAGCCACGGUCUCCAGAGCUAGCAAUAUGGGCGUGGCGGCCUCGGCCAAAUGGCGUUUUCAUGAAUUGAGCAGGUUUUCACUGAUUUUUGUGGUCAACGGCGAUGAAAAAUGAUUGUUCGACAUGAAAACACACUAAUUCUCAGAAUUAAUGACGUUUUGGCGCAUUUUUCGCGGACUUUGCUCUUUCGCCUUCGCCGCCUAAAAAGCGCACUUCUCAUUUUGCGCUUUCUUGACCGUUUUCCGACAGAAUUGGUUUUGAGAAUGAUAAAUCACGUAAAUACAAGCAUUUUGAGCGCUCGAACCGCGAAAACUACCGAAAAGCAACUGAAAUUCACGCAGUUUUAGCCAAAAACCUUCAAACGGAUAAAUGUGAUUUGCGACUUGACCAAAUUUAACGCUCUUGCGCUUAAGAAAUUCGUAAUAGACUAUACAAUCGGUCUAUCGAGAGACAAAUCAGAAAUUAUCGGUUUUUCGUGGCUAAUCUGGCAAAAAAACACAAAUUUUGCUGUUAAAAUUUGAAUUUCAGCUCUGGAGACCGUGAUGAACUCAACAAUCCCUUAAAGUUUUCAGCUUCUUCCCUUUUUCCAUCUGUGCGACGUCGUCACUGCUCCACUGGUCAUUCAAUUCUCGUUUCUGAUGAGCAGCCGCAAAAACAUGGAAACAAUCCGUUCAAAUCAUCUUUUUAUGGUUAUUCUCUCGCUCAUUUCACCAAACUUCAGAGCCUUAGAGCCACCGCGACGCGUGGAUCUCGACAGUACUCGUAAUGCAUAA